UCAUCUUUCUUGCAGCUCGUCUAUGAUCUAUGAUUCCAGACAGAUCAUAGCUGUUAUAAUCAUAGCUAUGGGUAUCAGCGAGAAGCUACGGAGCACGGCAGAUGCUCUUAGGGGUUGCGACGGCGAGUCUCAUGCUUGUAAUCGUCUCGCAACAGGCAUCGUAACUCAUCACGGUUGUCCCUCGUCUGCCAGAAGCAACCCGGAAGACUCUAGCAUCAAGCGAGACGAUCGAAUGUAUCGUUCAGGCUUUUCGAAUAGCGAACAGCGAAGACAAACAUGACGAAGAGCGGAACGAGCAUGCUCUUCAGGCUGCUCGGGUGGCUGCCAAUCUGGUCGUCGACGACGGUCAGUCCCUUCCUUACCUUUUUGUCCUCUUACUGUCAUGUUCGCUGGCUGAAUGAUCGACCUGGGUCAGACGAGAACAGGGGAAAGUUGGGCAAAGCCGGGUAUAUUGAGGCACUUGGUCCGGUGUUCAAGAAGUACGCUGUGAAAUUGGUGAAGAAGCAGGAGCUAGACGAAGAAGAGUUUGGAUGUCUGAGAGCGAUCAUUGCGAGCUUGAUGAACAUCUCACUGGGAAGCUACGAACCUAUCAAGACGGAGAUCGUUCAAAACAACUCUCAAAUCCUAUUGAACCUCUUGCGGAUAACGACGACGCACCUAUACAUCCCCCUUGGCGACGAACAAGCAGACUCAAUAUUGAAAUCUAAGUCUGCAGCAUGGUCGGAAUUGAGGGUCGCCAGACGGGGUCUUGUAGAUUGGGUAUGGAAAAUCUUGGACGAGUGCUCCGCCAUGGAAACAAUCAACGAGACCUUCACAUCAGAUUGGUUCGAGCCGCUCGUCACCUCUCUCUCCGGCUUCGCCCGCCAAUCACAAUCACAAUCACGAUCAGGGAAUGGGCGGAUAUCCCUCAUAGCGGACGGAGAGGAGGAGGAAGACGACGACCCUGAAGAGAUCUUGGAGGUCGAGACGCACAUUCUCGGUUCGGCGUGUACGUUGCUGGACAGGAUCGUCAAGGCUCGGACGGACCUCUUGUCCGAUCUUUUCACGCCUGGAACUACAUCGGCUUCAAAUGAGCCGCCGAUAAUCGUAUUGUUGGACGUGCUUGAGAACGCUCGGGUGCCGGAUCAUUGGAAAGACCUCGUGCCCGAGCCAGAACAAGGAGAGAUCGAAGACGUCAAUCCUGAUGCGGAAGGACCCGCCCAAGCCGGCUUUGACACCGACAAAUUUAUGGGUCAAGCCAAGGCCGUGUUGAUGAAGUGCGUCGUAGAAGCUUGUGCCGAGACAGACUUGUCAGAUCGGGAGGCGCAUGCGAAAAUCUGGGAACGAUUCGGGAACUGGAUGGGUAAAGGCUCCAGCUCAGAGGGUGAUUGCGAGGGACGAGGUGAUCUAGUAGGAUGCGCGUUAUUAGCGAUGGGAAAUCAGGUUCGGAGCGACGCAUCCGUUCGAGCGUUCGCUGGCGAUACUGUUCUGUUCGGGACUUUCAAGCGGUUACUAGAGAACGAGGUGAUUACCGACCGCCAGGUCCGAUACGCCAUUGUCGGCCUGCUUCGCAACCUCGUCCUGCCGGAUACCCUCAAGACUGAACUAGGGCCGCCGGCUAUCCGAGCUUUCGAGAGGUGGAAGGUCUUUGACGACGAGGUUGGGAUCCAGAUCAUGGGCCCCUUAGUAGGAGGGGCCAUGGUCGCCCUGAAGCUGCUCUGCAGAGGAAACCUUGCCAACUGUCUUCUACUGACGGACAAGGCGUCUUUUAAAUCGGGCUUGAUGAAGACGAUCAUCGAGCUCGGAUCCAAGACGGACGAUUUCGCCAUCAAGUGCGAGUCCUCUCGGAUCUUCGUCAACAUCCUGCGCACGCUGGCAUCAUCACAGGACUCGCAAGAACGCGAGAAUGUCGAGCGGGCACAGAAGAGGAUGGUGAACGGAGGAGUGGUCACGGCAUUGGUACAGCUCGUCUUCGCGGACAACGAGGUGCUGGUCGGAGAGGGUGUGAUGGGUCUGGUGUUGACGACGAGGACUGAGAACGGAUUGUACACGGUCGCUGCACAUGUCUUUGUGGAGGAGACAGCAACCAAGAUUAUGGACCGCCUCCAAGGAUCGACCCUGAAUGGACCGACGACCGAGACUGUAGACGACCUGCUCGGACAGCCCGAACCGCGAACUGCUCCGAAGCCUUUACCCACGGAGAUCAAGAGCAAUAUAUGCGUAUUGUUGGUCGCGCUGAGUACGACCCGGGCGUAUUGGAACGAUAAAGGGAUUCUCGAAGACAAGGUAUGGAGGAUGAUCAAAGACGGGCUGGAAAGCUUGGCUUGGGCGAGGGAGGUGGUCGAGGGGGAUCAAGGGUGGGCACAGGCUGUGGCGCAGGCCUUGAUCGCCUGGCAAUCCUGAAUUGGGCGAGCCGGAUGUACCUCGUCAAGUUUGUUCGGAGUGUUGUACCAGCUCAUGAUCCAUAGAUGAAAGCUUGACGAUGGGAGCCACGGAGGGCCAGAAAUCUCGAAGAAUGUGUCC